UGUUGUUGUUGUUGUCGAUGAUGAUGAUGAUGGGCCAAAAUCGGCCAGAAGGCGCCACAAUCCCUUUGCUCUUUCGACGACAUAUAUACACACACAUACACACACACACACACACACAAAAACAUACAAAUUCUAUUUUGAAGGCUAUGCGUGGUUCGCGUAUAACGCCAUGACAUGCAUAUACACGCAACAGUGUUUCCACCCAUAAUCAACUCUAUUUCUCGUGUUUAUUGCAGUUAUAUGAAUAAUAUACAACACAACAAACAAACAAUUUGAAACUAGCCAUUAUCAUCAUCAUCAUUGAAUGAUGAUAGUUGUAAUGUUGGGGGCCAAAAAGAGAUUCGGCUGCUGCCAUAUAACGUAACUGAGAAUGGAUGGGGCAAACGUCCAGCCAAGUUUAGUGAGUAAUUUUAUUUUUUCGUUUCACGAAUUUUUUUCCAUGUUACAAAAUGAUACGUAUGUUCGUAAAAAAAAAUAACUAUAGUCACAAUGGUAUGCAACAAUACACAUUUCAUUUACGUUAUUUCAAAAUGCCGAAACAUAAUGAAUGACGUUGCUUCAUAUUAAUCUGUGAAUAAUGAUGUUAAUCUUUGGUAAUUGGAAUCAUUGUUUUAUGUUUGAGAAUUAGCGUUAUUUAUAUUAAUGAAAAAUGGCCGACUGGUGUUAGUUUUUUUUUCCACAUAUAUUUGGAUUAAUUCUUGGUCUCUCCGGGUUACUCAAAUAUAAGUUUGAUUGUGACUAUUAUCGGUUACGUUUGGCCGACCUCAUCGCGCUCAUUUUACACAACACAAAAUAUUCGGAUUGGGUUACGACGCAAGCGUUCUUGAAUACGUUUUUGGAUUGUCAAAUUUUUUUUUUCGUGUUCACAAUGUUGUUGUAUGUGUAUUUUUUCACACGGGUGUAACUACUACUGGGCGCCAUUAAAUAUUACGCCACAAACAUUUUCUUUUUUUUUUCUUUUCCUUUACUUCAUCAUAAUCAUCAUCAUCAUCAUUGUAUGGUUUAGAAAUUUAUUCAUUCAAUGACGCCAUCUUUCUGACAACAUAUGACAUUUUUUAUUUCGUAUUCUCAUUCAUGAAUCUGCAGAUGGAUGCUCAACAUUCGUUACAAAAAAAAUAAUAAUUAGUCACUGAUUUAUUCUGCAGAUCUUUUCCUAUCAAAUAGAAUAUUCAAUGGCUUCAUAUGUUUUUCAACAAUAAUGAUGAUAAUGUUUAUGUUUAAAGGAUUGUUGAUUAUUAUUGUCUUUCCAUUUUCUGCCUAAACGUGACAAUUUUUUUUUCGAAAAAAAACAAAAAAUUCUCUACAAUCAUGUGGCCUUAUAUGAUUCAUUUUCGUUCUCGUACCUUGGCCUAUGUAGCCAUCAUAUUGAUAGUGAUAUAUUGUUGGCAUCAUAUGUUCAAUAUUGAAAAUGUUGCUCAUCUACAUUCGUAUCAUUUAUCUCAUGUAAAUUUUAAACAUUUGCUGAUCGCUUGUGUACUUGCAGCAAAAGAAGGUGGUAUAGAAGUGAAAAAAGCUCGUCAAUCAACCGAUUUAAUGAUCCAUAUAAAGGGUAAAACUAGAGAAGGAAUCGAUGAUAUUCUCACCAUUGGUGAUAAAAGGUCAAAUGUUGUUAUGGUCAAUUCAUUGCUGUAUACUAUACCGGGAAUAAAAAUCGUUUCAGAGGAAACAUUCCAAAGUGAUGAUAUGAUUGAAUUAUUAAAUGUAGAAAAAUAUCUACGAAAUCCUGAAUUUUCAACUAUACCAGAUGAUAUUGAACUUAAUAUUGAAGAUUUAACCGUUUGGAUUGAUCCAUUGGAUGCUACAAAAGAAUAUGGUGAAGGUCUUACACAUUUUGUCACGACAAUGGUUUGUGUUGCUCGUCGUGGUGAACCAAUCAUCGGUGUGAUACAUUUACCAUUCGAAUCAAAAACCUAUUGGGCAACUAAAUUUGGUAUCGAUAAAAAAUUAUUGAGCUCAAAAUUUUCAUUCAACAAAAAUGAUCAUCCUGAUCAGAAUUCCUCAUUAGCUAGUCUUCAUCAAAAUGACAUUCGUAUAAUAAUAUCUCGUUCUCAUAAAGGUGAUAUUGAAAAAUGGAUACAAGACAGACAACAUUUGUACAACAGAAACAGCAGCGGUGGCAAUCAAACACUACGAAAUAACGUGACAUUUAUUGAAGCGGCCGGUUCCGGUUAUAAAACAUUACAAUUAUUGCAAGGACAGGCCGAUAUCUAUUUGCAUAAGACAUAUAUCAAAAAAUGGGAUGUUUGCGCACCAAACGUCAUGGUUAAAUAUCUAUCCAUUGGUGGUGGUGGUGGUACGAUGACCACAUUGAAAGGCGAUUUAAUUGAUUAUAGUUUUCAUUCGGAUGCUCUUAUCAAAGAUGGUAUAUUUGCAACAAUGAAUGCCAAUCUAGUCAAAUGGCGUGAUAAUGUCAUCAAUGAACGUGUUUAGUUAUAAAAUAAUUCUAUGAAUUAUUACAUUUUUUUUUCAAAUGACUGGCAUCAUUUUGUUAUCCGUUUUUUUUUGUUCAUUUACCCAUAAUGCCUUUCAAUUCAUUCAUUGUUUUUUUUAAAUUAUUAAAACGUUAAUAAUUCAUAUGACAAAUAUCAA